GCUUUCAGUAGUAGUAACGUCUUUCCAGUCAGUUGCUGCUUGCUGGGGGCUGAAGAUGAGAUGAGAUGCAUCAAGUUCCAAAAUUCGCCUCCGCAACUUGCUUGUCUUCUCCAUCCACUCUCUCCCUCUCCUCUGCCAGCGAGAUCCCCUAAACCUUUCCUCUUCCUCACCUACCCGCCUCUCCAAUCCAAUCCAAUCCAAAUCCCUAGAGCAUCAUCGCCGCCGCCGUCCCGUCGGGAGUCAAGCUCCGGGCAUUGGAUUUUUCUUUCUUUCAUCAGCAGGUAUGAUAUGAAGGAGGAGUCUUUUUGGUGACUGAUUGGUUCUAGAUCCGCCCUAGGGAGUCUGGGAGGUGGAGAGAAGGAAGGGGGAGAUGGCGGAGGCAAUGGACAGUGGUAGCUGGCAGGACAUGAUGCGGCGGAUCCUGCCGCCGGGCACGCCCAUCCCGGAGGCGCCGCCCAACCUCGACUACUCCAUCGCGCUCGAGUACGACGGCCCGCCGGUGCCCUACGAGCUCCCCAGGGUCGACCCCGUCGAGAUCCCCUCGACGGUCCCCACGGCGGAGCCGGUGUCUGGUCCCCAAGGCUUCCUGGGGAAUGGAGGAGGACUGCCGGUGGCGCCGGUCGUUGCUCGGAUUGCUCGCCCGGUGCCCACCCAGGCUGGUGCUGCUGGUGGCGGCAGCUCCGAGUCGGUGAACUCGGUCCUGCAGAACGAGGAGUUCGACGACGAAGACGACUCCCGCUCGCAGUCGCAUGGCUCGGCGCAGAGCUCGCCGGGGCCGCGGAAUGGGGGGCAUGAUGGGAGGAGGGCUCAGAUGGUCACCUUUGGGUUCACGCCCGACAGCAAGUACGAGAGCAACGAGUUCGACGAGAUGUCCGAGCAGUUCGUGGCGGUCAGCAAGAAGGACCGGAAGAGGAGGAAGCCGUGCAACCGGUGCGGGAAGCGGAAGUGGGAGAGCAAGGAGGCUUGUCUCGUCUGCGACGCAAGGUACUGCGGUCACUGCGUGCUCAGGAUGAUGGGAUCGAUGCCCGAAGGGCGCAAGUGCGUCACCUGCAUCGGCCUGCCGAUCGACGAGUUUAAGAGGUCCAAGCUGGGGAAGAACUCGAGGACGCUCUCGCGGUUGCUCAGCCCGCUGGAGGUAAGGCAAAUCUUGAAAGCGGAGAAGGAGUGCCAGGCGAAUCAGCUCCGGCCUGAGCAGCUUAUUGUCAAUGGUUGCCCGUUGAGGCAGGAAGAGUUGACAGAUUUGCUUAGUUGCUCACGGCCUCCUCACAAACUCAAGCCUGGAAAAUAUUGGUAUGACAAGGAGUCAGGUUUAUGGGGAAAGGAAGGACAAAAACCAGGCAGGAUCGUUAGCUCUAACCUCAAUUUUAGCGGGAAGCUUCACGCCAAAGCGAGUAAUGGAAACACCCAGGUUUUUAUAAAUGGAAGGGAAAUAACAAAGAGUGAGCUGAAAAUUCUCAAGGUUGCAAAUGUGCAAUGCCCCCGUGAUACCCAUUUCUGGGUUUACGAUGAUGGUCGUUAUGAGGAGGAAGGACAGAACAACAUCAAAGGAAAAAUAUGGGAGUCGGCUUUGACACGUUUUGCAUGUGCAUUGUUUUCACUUCCGGUGCCUCCUGGGGACUCCAAUGGAACCAAGGAUGAAAUUACCUAUUUACCUAGAACUGUCCCUGAUUAUUUGGACCAGAAAAGAAUCCAAAAGCUGCUGCUUCUUGGACCACCCAGUGCUGGUACAAGCACUAUAUUUAAGCAGGCUAAGUAUCUAUAUGCGACAAGGUUCACCCAAGAAGAACUUGAUGGUAUCAAAUUGAUGAUCCAAAGCAAUAUGUUCAAGUAUCUUGGAAUUUUGCUAGAAGGUCGUGAGCGUUUUGAGGAAGAGACUUUGUCUAGAUUGCAUUGCACAAUUUCAGAGGAUGAAGCAGCACAACAAGAUGAAAAUAAAGCUAACGAUUCAAAUUCGUGUAUAUACUCGAUAAAUGCAAGGCUGAAGAAAUUCUCGGAUUGGCUUUUGGAUAUCAUAGCAAUGGGUGAUCUAGAUGCAUUCUUCCCUGCUGCAACACGUGAAUAUGCUCCAUUUGUCGACGAGAUGUGGAAGGAUCCGGCCAUACAAGCAACAUAUAAAAGAAAGGACGAGUUACAUUUUCUUCCUGAUGUUGCUGAGUACUUCUUGAGCAGGGCCAUUGAGGUGUCAAGCAAUGAGUAUGAACCUUCAGAGAAGGAUGUGAUCUUUGCUGAGGGAGUAACACAAGGGAAUGGGUUAUCUUUCAUUGAGUUCACCCUUGAUGAUCGCAGCCCCAUGUCUGAACCUUUCAUUGACAAUCCAGAGGCGCAUUCUCAGCCUCUUACCAAAUAUCAGCUGAUUAGAGUUAAUGCCAAGGGCAUGAAUGAUGGUUGCAAAUGGGUGGAAAUGUUUGAGGAUGUCCGCAUGGUGAUAUUCUGUGUAGCACUCAGUGACUAUGACCAAGUGGGACCCCCUGUAAAUGGCAAUAGCCGGCUUCUUCUGAACAAGAUGAUACAAAGCAAAGAGUUAUUUGAGGCUACAAUCCGGCAACCAUGCUUUUGUGAUACACCUUUUGUUCUGGUGCUCAAUAAGUAUGACCUUUUCGAGGAGAAGAUAAACCGCGCCCCUCUCUCGACCUGCGAGUGGUUCAACGAUUUUUCCCCAGUUCGGACACACAACAACAACCAGUCUCUCGCCCAGCAGGCGUACUACUACAUUGCGAUGAAGUUCAAGGACAUGUACGCUGCCCACACGAACCGGAAGCUCUUCGUGUGGCAGGCCCGCGGCCGCGACCGCCAGACGGUCGACGAGGCGUUCAAGUACAUAAGGGAGGUCCUCAAGUGGGAGGAGGAGAAGGACGAGAACUACUACCAGGAGGAGUCGUUCUACAGCACCACCGAGAUGAGCUCCUCUCCUUUUAUCAGAGCGGAAUGAGACCCACCCGAAGGCUCCGGUCGAUGAUUCCACCAACUGAUUCGGUUUCGCACCAUACCCCCGAAAAGAAAUCAUUGAUUUGUAAUAUAAUUAAUUUACAGAUUAUCCCUUUGGAAAUUUUCUCAUGUGUGUGUGUGUAUCUUGAGUCUUGAGAGACCAAAGCCUGACUUGUUUGGUCUCCUGAUGUUAUUGCCCAGCCUGGCAUGUAUGUAGUAGCUCUCUAAUCUGUACACAGGUAGAUCAGCUUCAGUAUGGAUCUGAGAAUGACAAUUCAGCCUGACAUGUAUACAUUGGUUGGACUUGAGUUAGAAAAUUGCACUGUAUGAUGAUGGCAAUUGAUGUCGAUUACAGAGGAUAUGGAUUUCUGGUUGUUAGAGAAUGA